AAUCACCGGCUCCUCCCCUUCUGCAUGCGUGGGGAAGGGCAUCGCCUUUCGGGCCUGCGGCAAGGAGGCAAGAGAUCCCAGCCAGAAUCAAGGUGCUUGAGCCCCGGAGCACCCAUGGAGUCAGCACCUAUGGACCCUCUGAAGAAUGGAACAACACCUCUGUGCAAGGACAAAGCCCUUGUAUUGUGGUGUUUCCUUUGACACCGAUGGCAGCCCUGUUGGACAGAGAUGGGAGAGGGUUCCACAUCCUCACUCCUGUGCUGGAAAGCACGGCCCUGUCCAAGGCUGCAGGCACCAGGGUCUACAUGAAACUGGAGAAUGUCCAACCUACCGGCUCGUUCAAGAUUCGGGGGAUUGGCUACUUCUGUCAGGAGGCUGCCAAGAAGGGCUGCAAACAUUUUGUUUGUUCGACAGGGGGGAAUGCGGGCUUCGCCACGGCCUACGCUGCCAGGAAGCUGGGGAUCCCUGCCACCAUCAUAGUGCCAACAAGCACUCCCCAGGCCACAGUGCAGAAGUUGGAAGAGCAGGGGACGGAGGUGGAGGUCUUUGGGAAGGUCUGGGACGAUGCCCACGUCCAAGCCCUGGCGUUAGCGGAGACCGAAGGCUGGGUCAGCGUCCAUCCCUUCGACCAUCCUUUGAUCUGGCAAGGCCAUGCCAGCAUGGUCAGGGAGCUGAAGGAUUUGCUAGGCCACAAGCCGGGAGCCAUCGUCCUGGCGGUGGGCGGUGGCGGGCUGCUGGCUGGAGUGGUGGCCGGCCUGCAGGACGUGGGCUGGCAGGAUGUACCCAUCGUUGCUGUGGAAACCAAAGGAGCUGACAGCUUCAAUGCAGCGCUCAGGGCUGGGAGAUUGGUCACCCUGCCGGAGAUAACCAGCGUGGCCAAAUGCUUAGGAGCCAAGACGGUGUCUGCCCGGGCACUGGAAUGUGCCAACGAAUGCCAGAUCAUCUCCCAGCUGGUGGAGGAUGUGGAAGCAGUUCAAGCCGUAGAGCUGUUCCUGGAUGAUGAGCGGAUGCUAGUCCAGCCUGCCUGUGGAGCCCCUCUGGCCUUACUCUACACGGGUCGUGUUCAACAGCUGCAGCGGGAAGGGCACUUGAACCCAGACCUGGACUCCAUUGUCAUCAUCGUGUGUGGAGGAGGCAGCAUCCAAAUGGCUGGGCUCCAGGCCCUGAAAACCCAGCUGGGCAUGAAAUGACUGUGGAUGCCGACCCCAGGACGGCUCAUGGGGCAGAGGUGCAUGGGAUCCCAUGCAGACGCUAAUAAAUCAUAUUGUUGGGUUAUUGUAAGUGGAAUCUAAUGGAAUUCAAACCAGUUUAUAGAAUAAAUACCAAGCUACUCUU